GAAUCGAUCGCGUGGCAGCUCGGCCUGUUCGGCGCUCCGUUCGCCAGUAGCCAUAUGCGCACGACUCCGUGGCCUUCAGCAUCACUGCUGACCCAUGGCCGCACGCAAAAAGAACACAUGGCGCGUUCGAGGGCUCGAUCUGCGCUGCAGCGAUGACUGCCUACGAAGGCUGCUGAGCGAGGACGAUCAGGGAUGUGCCGAUUGCACAGUCCACUCGCUCGCCACUGAGCAUCACGGACAUUCUCAGACGGCCACUGUUAGCUUCACGAAUGGGGAAGCAACGGUUGCGGAAUCGUUGCCGCCGUGCACCAACCACACGGGGCAGUACGGGAGCCCGGCUCUCGACGACGAGUUCCUGGGCUUCACUACCCUCUUCGCACCACCCCCCGAGGAUCACAAGAUUGACAUCGUUGCCAUUUCGGGCCUCGGCGGUCAUGCUUUCGGCUCGUUCAAGGAGUGCGGCGGAGAGCACAUGUGGCUACGCGACGCGCUGCCUCGCCACAUUGUCAACCAGGAGACCGGGCGGCCGAUGGCCCGGGUUCUCAUCUAUGGAUACUUGUCGCGCGUCGCGGCCAGCAAGAGCAUGCAAAAUGUCGAUGACAUCGCGGGCCCGUUUCGCGAGCAGCUGUCAGGCCUCACCCCGCCCGGAGCUGUGGCGCGGCCCGUGGUCUUCAUCUCCCACAGCCUGGGAGGCCUGGUGCUCAAGGAGGCCAUAAUAUCCCUGGCAGCGUCAAGCGACGCCGACGCCGAGAGAGUGCGCAGAACCAUCUAUGGCCUCGUGUUCUUCGGCGUGCCUCAUGCCGGCAUGGACAACGCCUCGUUGAUGACGAUGGCCGGGAAGGGGCCGAACAGGGAGCUCGUGCUGUCGAUCGGCCAGACCAACUCGCAAUUUCUGACCCGGCAGCAGCGACAUUUUCCAGGCGCGCUCGAGACGAUGGGCCCGCAGCGGCGGGAGGUCUUCUGCUUCUACGAGACCUUGGAAUCGCCUACAGCAGUGAAAACGGACGGCCGCUGGACAAUGACUGGCCUGUCUUCCAUCCUGGUAUCAGUCACUUCUGCAACGCAGUGCCUGCUCGACACGCCGGAUAAGCAGAACCACACGUGUGCCAUCGACCGUACGCACUCUGAGAUCGUCAAGUUCGCGGCACAGGACCCCUGGUACGAUGUCGUGCUGCAGAGGCUUCUGCGCAUCUCGCGGCGGGCCAUCAACGAGUCCACCGCCGCGGCAUACCACAGCACACGAUCCUCGUGA